UUUGCCAAGGGAAACCCUCCCCGUUAUCUUUCUUCCCCCUUUCAACUCCGGCGAUGCUCCUCCUCUACUGCCGCCCCUUCCCCUCUCCCUGUCCUCCACUCCGCCGCCUCCUGCGAUGCCGCUGCACCUAUUCUUCCGCCUCCUCCUCCAUUGCUCCGUAUCACCAAUCCUUCGCCCGUCGCAUGGCCCUCGCAGGCAUCCACCCCCACCACCGCAUUGCGGUUGGGGUAUCGGGUGGGCCGGACUCUACGGCGCUGUGCGUGCUGACGGCGGCUUGGAAGAAGGCGGCGGAGGGCAGGUCCGGGAGGAAGUCCGAGGGAUUCGUGGAGGGGCUCCUGGGGGUCGUGGUCGACCAUGGGCUGCGGCUCGAGAGCGCCGACGAGGCGCAGCUAGUGCGUGACCGGGUGCACGGCAUGGGUGUUAUGUGCGAAAUUGCCAGAUGUGAGUGGCCUAAUGGGCGGCCAAACCUAGGGCAUCUGCAAGAGGCAGCCCGCGAAAUGAGGUACCAAAAACUGUUGGACAUUUGUAUAAAGCAGCAAAUAGGAGUGUUGCUUAUUGCACACCACUCUGAUGACCAGGCAGAGCUCUUUGUUCUGAGAUUAUCUCGCAACAGCAGGGUUCUAGGUCUUGCUGGUACAGCCUUUGUGUCCCAAUUGUUUGCACCUAAUUUAAAAUAUGAUGGACAUAAUUUUUGUCGUUAUGGCAUCCUUCUUGUUCGGCCCAUGCUUGACUUUUCAAAAGAUGACAUGUAUAAGAUAUGUCAAGGAAGUAAUCAUUUCUGGGUUGAAGAUCCAACAAAUAAUAGUAUGCAGUAUGCCAGGAACCGCAUUCGAGCAUCUUUGAGAUGUUUAUCCACCGAAGGUACCUUUCAGUUAGAACUUCAGAAACUGAUAUACGCAUGCCGGUUGACACGAGCGUGUGUCGACAAUGCCUGCAGUAUGGCUGUCAAGCAGUCUAUCACAAUAACGGAGUAUGGGUAUGCUGUCAUUGACCUGGAAAAACUUGAUGCGCAAAAUGUUGAUGAUCUUUCUCUUUCACAAUAUUUAGCUUGUGUAUUACAGUUUGUUUCACAGAGGCACAGGCCAAUCCGUGGCAGAUCUGCUCGAUUGUUCAUGGACUACAUCCGUAAUACACCUUGCAAGGGUGCCCUUACUGUAGCUGGUUGUUACCUUUGUGCUUUUCCAAAGUCUAAAGGUACAAAAGUACUAGUCUGUUCCUCUGUUGACUCGAUGGAGUCAUUUUCUGUUGAGAUGUCCUACAAGUGUUCCUAUGAAGAACAGCCUUCACCAGUACCUGAGAUUGAUCAGAUAGCACGUGAAGCGCGCGUACACUCCAACGAAUUUCUACACUGCUCAAGCAUAUCUUUUGCGAAUUAUAGUUCUUCUACUGAUGUUCUGAAUAGAGCAAAGGAUCGCAAUAUAAUAGGUGAUUUUGUGUUAGAAAAACUCCUUUAUCUGCAAACAGAAGAGCAUCAGAAAUUUUGUGCAACUAAACAUAAAAAUGAAGAACAAUACUUGGAGAAAACAAACUUUCCUGAUGUGAAAGUUCUUUUUCUCUGGCCUGGUGAAACAUGUCACUUUAUGAGCAAGUUCUUGAUUACAUGGAAUGUUUUGGAGGUAGUUUCAAAUGGAAUAUGCUCACAAGACAGUAAAAACCUCCUAUGCCAGCAUUGUGCAGUGAAUCAGGACGGAAGUCUUGCAGUUCGUCACAUGUUUGAUACCGAUUGGUUGUUCCUUGCUGAAGUUUCUAAAAUCCGCUCUAUUGAAGAGAAUCACAAUGUCUCAAAAGUUUCCAUUAAUAAAUUGGAGGAUGAUGGACUCCUGAAGCACUCUAGAUAUUUACAGUUAUCAGCAAUGAAAGCUCUGGAGGUCCUGAAAUCUAUUCCAGCUUCUGCAAGACGAACACUGCCAGUACUGACCAAUUCUCAAGGUGACAUAUUGAGCAUACCAAGUAUUGGCUUCCAAUGUUGCCCAAGCCUGUCAAUCAAAGCAUUAUUCCAUCCAAGAGUACCACUUGGUGGGGGAUACACUUCAUAUUUAUGAUGGCUCGAGCUUUACUUUUGGCAAAAAAGAGGACUUAUCAAGGACAUUGAGAUAUGAGCAACUGCCAGUAUUUCAGAAAUACUAUUGGUGUUGAAUUGCUACUGUCUGAACCUUGGCAACUCUGGGCGUGCUAAAUGAAUGAAUGCACGCCACAGUAUUGUGCAGACCGACGGGGAACUUGGACUGCUGUAGAGCAUAUGCCUGUUCAUAUUGCAGAGGAAGACCAUCUUUUGGCUCAAUAGCUGUAACUUAUGAACGAGUUGCAUCGAGAUUCAAGGUGUGCAAGAGCUACAAACAUAUGCUAGCCAGCUUGAAAUUAGGAUGGGAAUUGUACUAAAUGAUAAUAUCCAGUGGCGGUGAUGAAUCACUACAUCUACAGGGGAUUUUGUUCAGACACUUGCUGAACGUCAGAAUGACAAAAAGACUGUAGUCUGAUGGUCGGUUCGUGAAUGUGGUUCAGGUUGUUAUGGGGCAGCAGCAACUUCAGCUCUAACCUUUGUGGGCUUGUGCUAGGUGAUCUGGGAUGAAGCCACUCUCAAAGUGCUGAGAAUUUAUUGGCGAUACCACUGAGGAGUCAGUAAGUGACUGAGGAGGUAAUUUGGCUUUGCUAACUGGAAGAGGCAUAUAGGCCAAAUCGUCAAAGGUAAUUGGAAUAGGUUGAAACUACUACUGAGAGAGGCAAGAGUUAUCAGUCCGAUUCUACUCAACUAAAUGUCAUGGGUACUAAAACAGCUGCAGUUUUCACCAACAAUUGGUACCAAUAUACUCCCUCCAUUCUUAAAUAUAAGUCUUUUUUAGAGAUUUCAA